CUAUCUCAACCUACCUAGGAUUCCUCUACUUUCCCACCCACCUUUCUCUCCACAUCCCCAUCUCAUUUAUUUUCUCUAGUCCUCAUCCCCCUUUUGAUAUGAUCUCAUCGCUCAGGUGUUACAAUUGUUAUUCAGAACCUCGUCUCGGUGCGCCCCAAAAGUUUCUCCCCUAGUGAGAAGAUCAGUAACAUCCACCGUGUCGGUGUGAGCCACUCCGGUCGGCUUGCCCAAAAUCUGUCGCGGGGUUUGAUCUCUCCCAGAAUCCGGCGACGGAGCCUAGAAAGCGUCGGCGGCGACGCGAGCAAUCCUGACAGCCAUGGACGAGGCUAACAUCAACGUCACCAAGCUGCUGGAGUCGCUCAUCACCAAGGUCGACCAGCAGCACGUCCUCCAUGACAAGCAGAUCGAGAUCCAGGCUGCCUUCAACAACUAUUUCUCCCACGAGCUCUGCGGCCUAACCAAGCAAAUCGAUCUGGCGCAAGGGGGUGUUGACGUGAUGCGCACGUUUGCAAAGUUGUCCAUGGUCUCCGCCGGCUCGGACACCACUCUGGUCCAUCAAGCCCCGGAGCCGCCACCACCGCCGCCGCCCCCGUCUCCGCGCUACCUGCCGCCUCUACCACCGCCACCACUGCCACCGCCACCCCCGUCUCCAGGUUACCUUCCGGAUCCAACACGCCCAGCAGGACCGCAUGUCCGGUUGCGGGAAAACCGCCGGCCCGUGAUCCCGACUCUGGCCACGGUCGCCGCGCCUCUGAUGGGGAUGGACUCUUCCCCGACCGUGUUCAAUACCAACACGGAGCAUCACAAACCUCCCUAGCAUGAUUUCCUGUAAUUUCAAGGCUCUGCCCCGUACCUAUGGAUCGAUCGCUACCUCACCUGCUCCGAGCUCUACAGGUUGGCACCUCGUAACUGGGUGGCCACCGCAACGCUCUACAUCAACAGCUAGGCCGCGCACUGGCUGCAGGCGUUUCAUGAAACACAUCACGACAACACUUGGGAGGCGUUCACAGCAUCCCUUCUGGAGGAAUUGAGUGUCGACGAUUUCGAGCUUGUGAUGCACAAACUAUUGUAGCUUCGUCAAACCGGCAGAAUUGCUGACUAUCGUGUCAUGUUCGAUGAACAGAUGUACCACUUCCUCGCCCUUGACCCCACAAUCAACACGAAGUUCUUCGUCACCCAA